UGAAUGGGCAACCCAGCUCUAGUCUGUAAAUGUAAAUAGACGGAACUUGCUGCAGAGAACAGCUAAAAACGCAAGGAAGCGGGCAAAACAAACAACAGGAGCGAGCAGCCGAGGGAAAGCCAGCCGCUGGUCAGUUAGAUGCGCAUCAAGAUGGAUUGCGAAGUGCAGGAGCAACACAAACAGCAGCAACAACAACAGCAGGUCCACCAGCAACAACAAAAACACGGCAGCAGCAACAAGUUGCCAGUGAGAAAGCAGGAAAGCUGCUCCGACGACGAUGAGAGCCAGAGUCCCAGCCGCACAACGGAGCGCCAGAACCUGGAGUUCGCCAAAAAGCUAGGCUACAGCGAACAGUCCAUCCAUUCGGCGCUGACGCGCCUCGGCUCGGAAGCCAAGCAGAACGAGCUGCUGGCGGAGCUGAUCAAGCUGACGGCCGAUGCACCGCGGCCCGCCCACAUAGGCGGAGGCGGCAGUCCAUCCAGCAUGACCAGCACUCUGUCCUCCCCGACCGGCGGUAGCAACAGCUCUGGCUUGAGACACAUCGUAAUCGAUGGCAGUAAUGUCGCCCUUUCUCACGGCAACAAUCUAGUAUUCUCUUGCCGCGGCAUUCGCAUCUGUGUGGACUGGUUCCGGCAGCGUGGCCAUCGCGACAUCACCGCUUUCGUGCCCAACUGGCGCAAGGAGAUGGCGAACAACAACAUAGCCGACCAGGAGCUGCUCUACGAGCUGGAGCACGAAAGAUACCUGGUGUUCACGCCAUCGCGACAUCUGGAUGGCAAGCGUGUGUCCUGCUACGAUGAUCGCUUCAUACUCAAGCUGGCAGUGGAAACUGACGGCAUUGUAGUCUCCAACGACAACUACAGGGAUCUGAUCCUGGAGAGUAACGAGUUUAGGCGCGUGGUGCAGGAGCGCCUGUUGAUGUACUCUUUUGUAAAUGACAUCUUCAUGCCACCCGACGAUCCGCUGGGCAGAUCGGGUCCAAAUCUGGACCUCUUCCUGUGCUCGCAGACGCAGCAGAAAAUGGCGGAUGCGCAGCAGUUGUGUCCGUACGGCAAGAAGUGCACCUACGGCCAGAAGUGCAAGUUCCGGCAUCACAAUCAGGCGCCACUGCUGCAGCGCCUCCCGCUGCAGGCCUCCCACAGCGCGCCCCUGCACACGAACGGUGGCCAACAGUUGGUCAGUCCGGGUGGCAAUAAUAACAAUGUUAAGAUCAACUCACUGAUUAGCCGGGAGCCGCUGGGGCGCACCAAGUCAAAUACCAUCGAGCAGGUAUGUCAGGGCUUCUCCGCUCAAAUGGAUCUUUCAGAGGGUGCCGUGGAAUCCAGCCAGCCCAAUCGCCACAAGAAGCUGCAGCGCCAACAACCGCCGCCCGCCUACCGCCUGCUGGUGCCCACCUACAGUGCUCCCCUCCAGCAACAACAACACCAGGCACAGCAGCAGCAUCAACAGUCCAACUCCAGCACCAACUAUCACCACCAGUAUCUGACGCGCACGCCAUCCGCCCCGGUCACGGAUCAGGGACUGGGUCUGCCACUGCCCGCUCACAACUUCGCCCAUCUGUCUGCCUCCGAUUCGCGCAUCAACGAGGAGCUGCACGCCUCGCAGCAGCUUCCGCGGGAGGAGCAGCGCCGAUUGCUGCGCUAUCACCUGGGCAGCCUUUUCCCACCGCACCAGGUGCAUGCCGUACUGCAGCUCUAUCCGGAGGAGACCGACGCCAAGACCAUAUGCGCGGCUAUUCUUAAUUUAUUUCCGCAUAAUUAGGCUAGGCUUAAAUUUCAUCAAUAUAAUUAGAUGUGUAAUUACACGCGUGUUUCUGCUUAAAGUGUAAAGUGUCGCUUUGGGACGACGUGGAGUCCUCGCUCGAAAUUUACAUAUCCAGGCCAACGAUGUUGGCCGUGUCGUAGGACACCAGCCCGGCUACGGAUUCCCGUGCGGACUGGCCGCGCCUCUCGUGGAUGACCCGGUGGUUACGCAGUUUGUACGCCUGCGGGAAUCCCUUGCCGCACACAUCGCAGCUAAAGAGAGAGAGCAAACGUGUUUUAAAUUGAUUAGAAUCCUUGAUUAAUUUAUGUCUUCCUUAUAACUUAUAAUAUUUAAACACUAAUACUUCAUUCCCUGUUUAUCUAAUGUUAUUUACGCCUCAGGCACCUAAUAAACAAUCAACUAAACUCAAAAU